AUGGCCGAAGACUCUAAUUCUUCCGAAUCAAUCAUUGUUAACGUCACCGGAGAUGAUAAUAAGUCGGCUUUGUUCGGUAAGUACGAUCUCGGUAAGCUCCUCGGUAGCGGCGCGUUUGCCAAAGUCUACCAAGCGGAGGAUCUUCAAAACGGCGGCGAAAGCGUUGCGAUCAAAGUCGUACAAAAAAAACGUUUGAAAGACGGUUUAACGGCGCACGUUAAGAGAGAAAUAUCUGUCAUGCGCCGCCUCCGUCAUCCUCAUAUCGUGCUCCUCUCCGAAGUCCUCGCCACAAAGACGAAGAUCUACUUCGUCAUGGAGCUAGCCAAAGGUGGUGAGCUCUUCUCAAGAGUCACCAGCAACCGUUUCACAGAGAGUCUUAGCCGGAAAUAUUUCCGGCAAUUGAUCUCCGCCGUGAGAUACUGCCACGCAAGAGGAGUUUUCCACCGUGAUUUGAAGCCGGAGAAUCUCCUCCUCGACGAGAAUCGAGAUCUGAAGGUUUCAGACUUCGGUCUCAGUGCGAUGAAGGAGCAGAUCCACCCCGACGGAAUGCUACAUACGCUCUGUGGAACUCCGGCUUACGUAGCACCGGAGCUUCUUUUGAAGAAAGGCUACGACGGUUCUAAAGCUGAUAUUUGGUCAUGCGGCGUCGUUUUGUUUCUUCUCAACGCAGGCUACUUGCCGUUUCGUGAUCCAAACAUCAUGGGACUCUACCGGAAAAUCCACAAGGCUCAAUACAAGUUACCGGAUUGGACAUCUUCAGAUCUGCGGAAACUCCUCCGCCGUCUCUUGGAGCCAAAUCCGGAACUGCGAAUCACCGUGGAGGAGAUUCUAAAGGAUCCGUGGUUCAAUCAUGGAGUAGAUCCAAGCGAAAUCAUCGGAAUCCAAGCCGAUGAUUACGAUCUGGAAGAAAACGGUAAAAUUCUAAACGCGUUCGAUUUGAUUUCUUCGGCGUCGAGCUCGAAUCUCUCCGGUUUGUUUGGAAAUUUCGUGACGCCGGAUCAUUGCGACCAGUUUGUAUCCGAUGAGAGUACGGCCGUUAUUAUGAGGAAGGUCGAGGAAGUUGCGAAGCAGUUAAAUUUGAGAAUCGCGAAGAAGAAGGAGAGAGCGAUAAAGCUUGAAGGUCCACAUGGAGUAGCUAAUGUCGUCGUUAAAGUUCGCCGGCUAACAAAUGAACUAGUGAUGGUGGAGAUGAAGAACAAGCAAAGAGACGUGGGCUUGGUUUGGGCCGAUGCUCUUAGACAAAAGUUACGUCGUUUGAUUAACCAACCGGUUUAUAAAGUUCCUGACAAACCGUAA